AUGAUCGAAGGAGUUCGACAGCGCGCCAAGGCGGGAGACGAGGACGCGCUCGAGGCGCUCGGCGCGUUGGAGGAAUUGGCAAACGACGCGGUGGACAAAGUCGCGAACGGAGGCGCGUUUCGAGAAGUCGUGGAGACGCCGCGGGCGACGACGACGGUGGCGAGUGGUGGAUUGGAUUUGUUCUCGGGGUUGACGCUGAAUGAAACGCCACCCAUGGCGAUGAAUGCGACGAUGAUUUCUCCGACGGUUGACGCGUCGCCGAAGCCGACGACGCCAAUUUCUCCGGCCGAUUUGUUCGGCCUCAACAAUGCGUCGACGCCCGAUAGUUCGUGGAGACGUGAGAAACCCAGAAUCGGGUACGGGCGUCGUGAAGCCGGCGCUGGAUUAAUGGAUUUCGAGGCGACGAUGAUGGCGAAGGCGGAGGUGUCCAUCGAGGACGCACCCGUCUUUGACGAAGUUGAAGUGGGAGGCGACGAUGCGUUCGAGUUCGCAGUGGCGACGCCGAGUGAGGAGGACGAGUCAGCGACACCUAUCGUUGGUGAUGAUAGAGGAGACGCGCGCGUGGAACUCCGUGGAUUGUUGAAGGCGUCGGACGUGAGAUUUAAGCCAGCAAAGUUGGCGUACGAAAGCGCCGAAGCGCGACGGGUCGCUGCGACCUCAAAACGGUUGGUAUCCGCAAAAGAGUGUACAAAAUUACUAGAAACCAUAGAAAAGUUCAAGCUCGAGCAAGAAGGUGCCAUCGGAAAGGACGAUUUCGAAGCUGCCGCUCGCCUCGAAGAAUCUAUAGAGGGCGCUCGACGCGCAUACUCUGAGAUGAUAGCGAAGCUCUUUGCUGCAGAGAAUGAGUUCCGCGAUUGCUUGGCUGAAGCUUCUGAAGCUUUGAAAACGUGGAUUGCGGAAAUUUGUUCGAGUAUGGACGAAAUUCAGCAAUUUGCCGAAACGAAACGUCGACAACUGGACGAUGCGAUGUCUUCACAACAUGAAGCCCAGCGCGCCGCUGCCAUAGCGCGAGAAGCAAGAAAGAAUGCUUUGAUGGUCGCAAAGGACGAAGCACAGACGACGUGCACAUCGUUGGAAAAGAAUUUAGUAGAUAUUUCGGAGAAGAGAGCUGCUUUGGAUGCGCCCUUGAGCGAAUUAAGAGACGAGAUUGCGUCGUUACGCGCCGAGCUCCAGGCCAAGGAAAACAAGCUUCACGAAAAAGAAAUUGAACGCACGCAGCUUUUAGAAGAAGAGGGCUUACUGCGGCAAACUAUUGCCGAUGCCGCGCGUCGACGAGACGCUGCAACUGAUGACUUGCAAAAUUUUGACGAAACUACUGAAGAAGUUUCCAGCGGAGCUCCAGAAGAGUUGAAAGAAGUUCAAGACAUCGCCACCGAGGCAGAGAACGCCACGGCGAGUCUUCAAGAGACGCUUCACCAGCGCGAGACGGAUCUAUCGAGCAAGCAAAAUGCGCUGAAUAACUUGGCCACAUUCAUCACAGCCGAAACGAGCGCGCGUGCCCGGCUUGACGAAGCCGAAAAGGCGCUUGAACGCACCCGCGAUGAGAAGCGGUGUGUCGAAUCCGCCCGUCAGCGUGAAACCGACCUGUCAUCUCGCAUCGCCGAGCUCGAGCGCGUCAAGACUGCCGCGGUCGAAGAAAAACGUUUCAUCGAUGCCCAGCAAGCGUCGACAACCAUCAAAGAACUCUCCGCUGAGAUCGACAUUGCGAAAGCUUCCGCCUCAGUCGACGCCGUAGCGCUCGACGACGCCAUCGCUAGAGCGUCCGCGGCGCUCGACGACGCCGUCCUAGCGAGCGCCACCGCGCGUUUAAAUCGUCUUCGCGCCGAAAGUGGCGACGCUGCGACCGUCGCGAUCGAUUUAUUGCGCAUGGCGCACCCGAAAUUAGACUUGUAA